UUCUCCUCUUCAAAGUAACUCAAAACAUUUAAUUAAUCUCAAGAAAGAUGAAGAACGAAUCUACCGUCAUUGAUGUCCCUGCGGAAUCUAGCUCAGCCAUGAAAGGAUCAGCUCCUUUAAUCGGUGUGGCUAGAGACCACACUACUAAUGGCUCAGGUGGAUACAAGAGAGGUCUCUCAAUCUUCGACUUCCUCCUUCGUUUAGCUGCCAUUAUUGCAGCAUCAGUAGCCGCUGGAACGAUGUUUACAAGCGACGAGACUCUUCCCUUCUUUACACAGUUCUUACAGUUCGAAGCUGGCUACGACGAUCUACCAACUUUCCAGUUCUUUGUGAUUGCCAUGUCCAUGAUCUCAGGAUAUCUCCUCCUAUCUCUCCCUUUCUCCGUAGUCACCAUCGUUCGCCCUCUCGCCACAGCCCCAAGACUCCUCUUGCUCGUUCUAGACACUGCGGCAAUGGCGUUUAACAUGGCAGCUGCGUCAUCGGCUGCGGCGAUAGGGUAUCUAGCACACAAUGGAAACCAGAACACGAACUGGCUCCCCAUUUGCCAACAGUUUGGAGACUUCUGUCAGAAAACCAGUGGAGCUGUGGUCUCCUCCUUUGUCUCGGUCGUCUUCUUCAUCAUUCUCGUCGUCCUCUCCGGUGUCGCUCUCAAAAGGCACUAAUCACUUACAAAUAUGUGUUCAUUAUUGUUAAAACUAUUAAUUAUAGUC